AUGGGGCAGAUGGUGUUUCUGGGGGGCCUACUUCUUCUCCCAGCGCUGCUGGGAAUCCUCUUUGCUGAAGCUGCUUAUGUGCCACUGCCCUUUGACUUGCCCUUGGAACGUCUUCAUUUCAUGCUGGAAGACGCCAAUGUGAAGGUCAUCUUAAGCAAUUUGCCGAUAGACGUAGAUGGUGCCUCGGAACAAGUUGAUGCAAUCGGUGGUUGUGCCAUGACUUUGGCUGUCAACAUUGACGACACUCAGCACUCCCGUUUCGAGUCGGGCCUCCGGACUGAUGAGAUGUACGUGCUGUUUACCUCUGGUACUACGGGCCGCCCCAAAGGAGUUUCAGUCUCCCACAGGGCGGUUUUGAGCCACGUGCUGUGCUGCUGUCAGAAGUUUGAUCUGCGGGCUUCGGAUUGUGUUCUACAAUCUAUUGCUCUUCCCUUUGACUUCGCAGUCAGCCAGCUGUAUCCCUACUUGACAGUGGGUGGAUCUGUGGCGAUCCCAACAGAGACGGUCUGCAAAGAUCCAAUGGCUUUGGCCACCAUGGCUCAACAGGCACAGGUGUCCAACAUUGACAUGGUCCCCACCUUCUUCUCCUUGUUCUUGGAGAACAGCAUUAGUCUGCCAGCGUUGCGGCGCAUCAAUCUCGGUGGUGAAGCUGUGGCAAGCAGGCUGGUGGAGCGUAGCCGGGAUCUCUAUCCCUCCGCCCGUGUCUUCGUGACCUACGGCCCCACGGAGGCUGCGGUGGACACCACCACCUUUGAAGCCUCCAGAUCAAGCAGAUCGAUGAGCAGAUUGGUUUCCAUUGGGCAUCCAGAUGCCUUUCGAAUCCUGGAUCUUUGUCCAUCAGAUGCAGAUGUGGAUCCUAUGAUUGGGGAUCCAAUGAUUGGGAAUCCAAUGGCUGUCCCCAUGUUGGGCACUGUGGGAGAGCUGCGAAUCUCCGGCUGUGGCUUGGCCCAUGGCUAUUUGGGCAGCGCGAAUCUCCAGGCCUUUGCGGCUGCACCAAGGGCUGCGGGGAAGAGAUAUGCCACUGGAGAUGCUGUGAGAUGGACCACGGAUGGCUUGGAAUUCCUGGGAAGACUGGUGAAGGUACGCGGACAGCGUGUGGAGUUGGAGGAAGUGGAGACCGCACUGAAGAGCUGCCCGGGGAUCGCAGAGGCUGCCGUGCUGCUGGCGGAUGACAGAGACGAAGCGGUGCUGGUGGCAUUUCUCAGCCACAAGGACUCCACCGAGUUGUCGAAGUUGGAACUUCCGGCGCAUCUGCGGCCGCGGCAUUUCUUCCCCUUGGGCCUCUCCGAGUGGCCACGGAGCCCCACGGGGAAGUUGGAUCGACAGAAGUUGGCGCGGGAAGCGCAGCAGAUGCUGGCAGAAAAGGACGUUGGUGUAUCUGCAGAGAUUUGCGACUUCUCGGACAAUGCCAGAUACUUUUUGGAACUGCUUGGGCGCUUGCUGAGGAAAGACUUAGAUCAAUUGAACCUGUCUGAGACUUUCACCAAGAUGGGGGGUGACUCGGUGUUGGCCAUUCGCCUCUCUGCCAAGCUUCGGGAUCAAGGCAUCCAACUUUCAUCCGCCAGUCUCCUGGGCAAACUUCCCAUUGAAGCUUUGGCCAAAGAAUUGCUACAGCAGGAAAUACAGCAGGAGCGGCUGGAAAGCACACCCUUGGAAGGGGAAGUGCCAUUGGCGCCCAUGCAACGACGUUUUUGGGACUUGAAGCUGUUGCAUCCUCAUCACUACAAUCAAUCUGUGAUGCUGGUUCCCAAUUUCCCUGGAGAUGUGAUUUUGGACAGCCACAUUUUGAAGAAAUGCUUGGUGAGUCUGGCAGAACAUCAUGAUAUGCUGCGGGCAAGCUUCUCUGGAGAGAUGCAGCAGCUGCGACCGCGGCAGCAUGCCAUGGAAGCAGUGCAGGUGGCUGCAGCGGAAGCUUCGUUGGAGCAGCUGGAUGGAUUCUGCCAGCAACUGCAAGGUCAGGUGGACCUUGAGCGGGGACCGCUGUUUCUUGGAGCGCUUCUCCGUUUGGAGAGGCACGGCUGGGCACAAAGGCCUGGUGAGGAGAGACUUCUGCUGGUGAUUCACCACCUGGUGGUGGAUCUGGUCUCCUGGCAGGUGCUGCUGGAAGACCUGGAGAAGUUGCUGCUGUAUCAGCUCGGUCUGGCUGGAAGCAGCAAACUAACAGCAGUGACUUCCUCGUUCAAAGAGUAUGCCAAGUCGAGAGAAGCACCAGAGGCGUUCGAGAAAAACCUCGGCUGGGCAGCUCUUGCAUCGAUCCUUGGUCAGGACUUCAUUGGAUUCGACACAUGGGCUACUGCCAAGCGUGAGGUUGGAUCUAUUCCAUCCGAUGUGACGCAGUCAUUGAUCUCUUCUCCAGUGGUUUCACCCGUGGAGAUGUUGUUGGUGGCACUGGCGCAGGCGGCUGGGAAGCUCACUGCCACGCAGCUGUGGGUGGAUUUGGAAGCUCAUGGAAGAGACACCAACUUUGCCCACACGGUCGGCUGGUUCACAGAGCUCAAAGCGCUUCAGAUGGAAACCUCCUGGCCCUUGGAUCUGGCGCUCCGGGAGGCGAAGAAUCGCUGCAGGACGGAUGUCUGCCAUGGCGCUUCGCGGAGUGAGCCGACUAUCUGCAUCAACUACCAUGGCCAGGCUGGACCAGCGGUUUCAGAAGCUCAGUACUUGUCGCUGGCGCCGGAGUGGGAGACACUGGCACGCCAUGAUCUUCAUCCGCAAAACCAGCGGGAGUACCUUCUGGAAAUCGAGGCCAUGCUGGUGCUGGGAGAAGAUGGUAGCUGGUCCUUAAGGGUCGAAUGGAUCUACGAUGGUCGGCUUGGAGAGUGCAUGGUUCGUUGGCUGCAGGAAUUUCUACAUCAAGCCGCUUUGGUGGCGGCUCACGUCAAGUCCACACCCGCAAGGUGCCUUCAAGCUCCCUGCGAUCUGGGAUCUUCGUGUAGUGUCUCAACCUUCGAUGCAUGGACAGCGCGAUGGUUUGAUGGCAUGUUGGAGGACAUGGAAGAGAUCUACCCCUGCACCCCACUUCAGGAAGGAAUGAUGGCAGAGACUCUGUUAGAUCCUACUGCCAAUGUGGAACAGCUCCCACUGCUGCUGCCCGGUGAUGGCGCCCGUUGGCGCGACGCCUGGACCGCCGUGGCACGGCGCCACGGCGCGCUGCGCGCGCGGCUGGCGCCGGCGCCCUCCAGGGGACGGCGGUUCUGGCAGGUGCCGAUGGGGGUCGAGUCAUGGGAACCUGUUAUCAGAAACUGUUAUCAUAUGUUGCAUAUAUAA